UGAUAAGUCAAAAACUACCCGCAACUGGAACUGAUAAAUUCCCCGUCAGUGAUCUUUAAGGAUGUCAAAUUUUCAUUGAAUAUAUGCAGCUGAAAUAUUAAAUUUACUCAUAGUUCUUGUUGCUAAUGCAAUAUUUUUUGGUUCACACUUUAUUUUCAGCAGCAUAUAUUCUCAUAUUGCUUUUUUGCAUGUCAACUUUUAUAUUUUUUUCAAUUUUGUGGAGUUACUGGCACGAUUUGAUGGGCGCUCCGGAGCAAGGAUGCAUAUUGUAUGCAAGUGAGGUGAAAAAUUACCGCAACGCAUUCUUUUCGAAAGGAGGCAAAAAAAUCUUGUGUUAUUCAUCGAUUUAUGGGAUGCUUCCCUUCCUUGCGGUAGCAUUGUGGGCGGCACUUAUUCAUCUCUUCUAUGUAUGCCAGAAAAAAAGAUUCGAAGAAUCACAACUCAGCUUUCAUCAGACAAGGUGCACGGCUAAGCCCAGAAUCGAAGCAAUAUGUUGCCUGAUUUGUGGACUUCUAAAUUUUGCAUAUGCACUUUUCAUUAUUGUCGGCUUCUUCCAGACUUGUGAGAUUGGAAGAGGUUCCCUCAGGCGGGGCUGCCAUAUAUUCCCCAAUAUUAAUAUUGAUGCAACUAAUCCUACAACAGCGUCUUGUUUUAGAGUGUUCACACAUCUAGAUGCAUGUUCUUCAAAACAUGUACGUCGGGAUCAUAUUAACACCGCAGCUCUUCUGAUAGCUGCUAUUUGCUUCCAGUUCCUGUCCUCAACUGUAUGGAUCGCUUCGUUUGUUGGAAAUUUGUGUAUUUGCACUUAUUACAAAGUAGAGAGUCUGGGAUUGGACGUUUAAAUUAUAUAUUUUCAGAAUAUUUUUUAUGCACAUUAAAAUUAAUAAAGAGGGAGUACUA